AUGCUAAUUUGUAUAAGUAUCGGCCGUUGCAGCAGAUUCCACAGUUUAUUUACCGUGCCGAUGAGCUUGGAAAUCACAAAUUUUGAAGGCAUGUCACUCAUGGAAAAAAGAUUUGCCGUCGUUAGCAAAGGCAAUGACGUUUUCGAAGGAGUACAUCCUCUUGAGCCAUUUCAGGAGGGAACCCGAGGAACUUAUGGAGGUGAAUUUGUCACCCAGGCUUUGUUAGUUGCUUAUGAAACGGUGGAGGAUCCUGAAUUUAGCCCACACUCCUUCCACCUGUACUUUUUGAAGGCGGGAAGUAACAAACUGGUGAUGAGAUGGGUGGUUAAACGUACUAGUGAUGGACGCAAUUUUUGUAACCGGCUGCUUCAAGCAUACCAAUCGGAAACCAAUGUGUUAUGUUUUGAAUUCGUGGUUUCGUUUGCCCGUAAAAACAGCAUCAAGCAACGCAAACUUGAAUAUUCACAACUUUCAAACCCAGAUCCCAAGACAGCAGUGCCAAUUGAUUUUCUGUCAAAACCCCAAUAUUUCUUCGACAAGUACUACGAUUCACUCGACGACUUGCCCUAUGUUUCCCAUACCCACGACUUGUUGCACCACGCCAUUCCUGAGGAAUAUAUGUCUACUGGUUGGCAAGCUGAACAAAAGAUCAUUGGUGAAAAACUGUUUGGAUUCUUUUUCCGGACAGCCGACGAUUUGAAAAACGUUCAGAACAAGACGAAGGCAGCUCUGUUGAACUUGACUUUUGCUUCAGAUUCGUUCUACUUGGCUACACUUUGUGUGGCUCUCGGGCUUCCUCUCAGCAGAGAAAACACAUCCUUCUUCAGAGUCAGUUUGGACCAUGCUGUGUGGUUCCACGACGACGACUACGAUCCUACAGAAUGGCUAUUCUUGGACUACAACUUUUCCAGACUCAGCAACAACCGGGUGUUGUGCCACGGCAGAGUCUACAAUAGAAAGGGCCUGUUGGUGGCCAGUUUGGUCCAGGAAGGACUUGUGUAUUUGCCUCGACAAAUGUUGGAGAGGGCCAACGGAGCAAACGGAGGCAACGGGGCCAAUGGAGGCUUCAAGUUGUGA